CUGUAGGAGUUACAUGUGAUCCCUUUCGAACAGGUGAAUGCCUAGAUACUUUCUCGAAAUGUGUGUCAGCUGAUGUUGGAUAUAAGUGCCUUUGCAAUGUUGGAUAUUAUGAUUUAAGUGGAACAUGCACAAAACAGGUGGAGUUGGAAGAUGUAUGUACUGCUAAUAGACCUGAGAAUCAGUGUGAGGAUGAGAAUGCCGAAUGUAAAGAAAGUAAUGGUCUGAAGUGUUUAUGUAAAGAUUCAUUUUACAAAGACAAAGAUGGAGUAUGUACAAAAAAGGUAACUCUGAAUGCCACUUGUAGUGCCGGUCAGCCAUCAGAUCAAUGUUCAGAUUCGAAGGCAGAAUGUACUUCAUCUUUGAAAUGUUAUUGUCAAAGUGGAUAUUUUGAAAACAGUGGAAAUGUUUGUACUGAAAAGGUUGUAUUGAAUGCUGUCUGUAACACAGGACAGUCAAACUACCAGUGUGAAGAUGUUAAUUCUGAAUGCAAAAUGGAAACUGGAACAUCAGAUACUAAAUGUCUGUGUAAAAAUGAUUUUUAUGCCAACACGACAAAUGUUUGUGUAACAAAAAGUGCACUUGGAGAGGUCUGUAGUAAUGGCCAGCCAGUUAACCAAUGUUCUGUAGCAGAUUCAGAAUGUAUAGUAGAAGCAGAAAACAGUUUAGUGUACAAAUGCUUUUGUAAGGCAACCUUUUACAGAGAUGUUCAGACAUGCAAAGAUUUGACUGGGCUGCAAGUACAAAAUUUAGAAGUUCCAAGGGACACAACUGGAGAGGUUUACUUUAAGAUCACAUGGACUAUACCUAAUACUGUUGCCUUCAUUAACAAAUAUCAAAUUAAAAUAACUGUAAACAGUGGAACUGCAGAAAAUCUUAUUAAUAUUGAUAAGACUGAGAAUCAGUAUAAUAUGACCAACAGACAGCCAGGUCAUACUUAUAUAGUUGAGGUCAUAUCGGUAGAGACUGCUAGUCGACCUGGGGCUCAGACUACUAGUGUUGUCCUACAAGCUGGUACAAGACCUGCAGUGCCAAGUGCAAUUAUAACUAAUGUUAUUUUGGGACCAUCAAUAACUGUUUCCUGGACUGUUGUUGGUAUCAUACAGCAUCUAAGUGGUACUAUUAAUGGUACAUCGGUGACACCUAAAACAUUUAACAUUACAAACAUCCCCCCAUCACAGACUCCACAACAGCAGUUUAAUACCGUGAAGAAUGGUGAGAGAUAUGUUAUAACAGUGAAAGCUUAUAGUAAUGGAUUUACCAGUGCAGAAUUUACAGCAACCAUCAGGACAACAUCCACACGACCAAAUCCUCCUGUCAUUAAUACUUGUGACAACCAGGAUCUAUAUGAAAACAGCAUGAAUUUAAGAUGGAAAGAACCACAAAUACCAAAUGGUGAUAUUUCACAUUAUAUUAUAUAUAUGAGUUAUGCAGCUACAAGAACAAUUAUUACAGAUUCAAGUACAGAGGUUCAAACAAUUGAGAAUUUAUUGCCACAACAAUACUAUUGCUUUCAGAUGGAGACUAUCAAUGAUGCUGUUUCACCUCAAAGUAAUAAAAGUCAACAAUCUCCACAGAAGUGCUGUUUAACACGGGCUGGAGUUGCUGAAUUUCCACAGAAUGUCACUUUCACUGAAGUUAAAAGUAGAAGUAUAAAACUAUCAUGGAUGACACCAGUCGACGUUAAGGGAGUUUUAUAUGGAUACCGUGUCAGCUUAAGGGUAGAAGGUGAAUGCAAAGUGGAAGUAGUUUAUCAGUGCACAGAUUGUGAUGGAGCACAAACUAUUCCGCAAAAAAGCUGUGAAGUCCAUAAGAAGCUGGAUAUUAAUGCUGUUGAUGCAAACUCAAAGGUUAUUACAACGAUUGAUGGUCUUUCUCCAUAUAUCAAUUAUGAAGUGUGGAUUGCAGCAGUGAAUGGAAAGGGUGAUGGGAAAAAAAAUGAAACCUUUGUAAUGACAGACUCUGAAGUGCCUGAAAUACCUGGGAAUGUAGUAACUACAGUGCGAGGUUCGACAAUCAUACGAGUUAGUUGGACCAAACCUACAAUUAAACCUGGCAACACAACUUAUAUAGUAAAGGCCUAUGAGGUUUUAGAAGGAAAAGACACGCCUGUGAAAGAAAUGACAGUGAAUGGAUAUGAUACUGAAACUGUUGAUUUCACUGGAUUAGAGGAGUACUGGGACUAUAAAUUCACAGUAACAGCAAGUACCGUUAAAGGUGUCGCUACAUCUCCCAUGACUGCAGUUGCUAAGACCAACCAAGCUGCACCUGGUCUGGUUCAAAAUUUGAAUGCCUCUAGACCACAGGAUGCCAACAAUUAUACACAGAUGGAUGUGAAAUGGAAUAUUCCAACACUACGGGAAAGAAAUGGCGAUAUUAAAGAAUACAUUUUGAUGCAUAAUAUUUCUGGGGUAAUGACAGCAGUAACCCCUAGAACUAAUGCUGAUUCAGACAACUUGAUGGAAACUUUGUCUGUAGCUACCGAGCAAUGGUACAAAAUAGAGGUGACAGCAGUAAAUACAAUUCCACAAGAGGGACAGCCAAGACGUAUUAUGUAUUAUGCAGAGCCUGGGCCUCCACUCCCACCAACAUUUAGUCCAGUAACUACUGAAGUUAGUAAAGCAGUGAGCACACAGAGGACUAUUAGUGUUGAAUUGAACGGAGACUGGUUUUUCUAUAACAAGGACAAUGGUGUUUUCACUGACUGGGGAGUGAUUGUUUGUACUGGGGAUAAAUGUGAUAACUACGGUGCUGGAACAGGAACUAAAGCUGGAAAUCCAUUUGGACUUGGGACAUUCAAAACAUGGAAAGAAGCUCAGAAAACAGGGUUUGUAGAACCUUACAGAGCUACUAACAACACAUGGAUUUAUGAUAAAUACAAAACUGCUGUAGGACGCCGUAAGAGAAGUAGUCAUGAGGUAGAAUUUAUGCUUGGAGAAGAUAAUGAUUGUUCAAAACGAGAGGAUACAGUCUACUGUAAUGGACCUUUAGCCCCUGGAAAGAGUUAUAUCAUAGUGGCAUUUACCUGUACUGCUGGUGGGUGCACAGAAUCUGACCGAUUCGGACCGUUUCCAACACAACCUGAACCAGAGGAUGUACCCAUUGCCAUCAUAGCGGGAGCUGCAGCUGCUGUAGUUGUUUUUAUCAUUCUCGUCAUCAUUAUUGUCGUGAUAAAAAAGAAGAGGAACAGGAAUCAACCAAAGAAGAUGGAGGAGGAGGCUGAACCUGACUUCACUAACCCAGCAGGACUGGAGACUCCAUCAGUAGAAAGGAAAAAUAUCAAGAAACAACGACCUGUAAGAAUGAGAGAUUUUGAGGCUAAAAUUGAAGAGCUUCAUAAAGACAGUAAUCUUAGAUUUGCUCAUGAGUAUGAGGAACUAAAAACUCUGACAGACCCCAAAACAUUGAAAGGAGUUACCACUUUGUUGGCAGAAACUGAGGACAAUAAACUGAAAAACAGAUAUGUCAAUAUUCUUCCUUACGAUCAUACUAUUGUCAAAUUAUUACCAUUGGGAGAUGAUGAUGAAGAAGCAUCUACAUUCAUCAAUGCAAACUACAUACCUGGAUACAAAUCCCAGAGAGAGUACAUAGCCUCACAAGGACCUAUACCUAGUACUAUUGAUGAUUUCUGGAGAAUGGUUUGGGAACAGAGUGUAUCUAUUAUCGUCAUGUUGACAUUAGCUAAAGAGGAUGGCAGGAUAAAAUGUGAAACCUACUGGCCAACAGAACAAUCAGAAGCCAAACAGUAUGGAGAUAUUGUUGUGGACAUGCAAUCUUGUUCGACAAUCAAUACAUAUGAAUUCAGAAUAUUUAAACUGACUCUGGGUGACAAAUCCAGGACAUUAAAACAUUUCCAUUUCCUGAACUGGAAAGAUUUCUCAGCAAAUGUACAGAAUGAUGUCAUGGUUGACUUCAUCUCCAAUGUACGAAGUCAUGUGACCAUUCCAGAGAGUAGAGUUCCAAUGAUUGUACACUGCAGUGCUGGUGUUGGUAGGACAGGAACAUUCAUUGCCCUGGACCACAUGAUGCAGUUUAUUAAAGAUCAUGAUUUUAAUUCUACCAUUGACAUUUUUGAUUUUGUGGUUAAGAUGAGAAAAUGUCGAAUGUACAUGGUACAAACUGAGCAACAGUACAUCUUUAUCCAUGAUUGUAUCAAAGAUAUCCUAGAGAAGAAAAGACAGAAGGAAUUAGAGGAUGGAGAAGGUCUUGACGGUGAAGGUCUUUACGGCAAUGUUGGCAAUCCAAAUAAUCAGGAUAAUAUUUACAGCAACGAUGCUUUUGAACCUGAUCAAGAUCUUUACCAGAAUGUUGAUAUGGCACAACCAAAGACAGAGUUAUAACAUGUGAUCUCCACAGUAAUCCAAAAGAAUUGUGAUAUUGUUAUGUCUAUGCAAUUGUAGAAGUGACAUAGGUUGUAUUUUGUUCAGAAAUCUGUUACUAUGAUAACAAAAAAAUACUGUUUUGAUUUGCUUUAAAUAAUAAUUUUUUAAUUUUUUUACAUGUAUGUUUAACUUGUUUAACCUCAAAUUAUAAGUUGUAAUUUUAAAGGGGCACUAGCUGUCAAAUUCAUGUUCACCAAUUUGACUGAAAUUCUCAUAUUUGUUUUAUAACAAUGUAAAACAUUUAUCCAAAUUAUAAAAAGUCUAAAAUAAACAGUUUACAGGGCAUGGAUAAUAUGUAGCUUCGUUUUGUGUGUAUUUUAGUCUAGAUAUGUUAAUCGUCAUUUUUACCAGUAUAAGAAUGAUUUUUUUGAAGAUGGAAUCAGUCAAUCAAAUGAUUUACCUUUGUUUCACUUUCAAUGAUGACAUUUUUUUCCUUUGAAUAAUCAAACACACACACAAUUCAUGCGUUAUCCAUCUCUAGCUAAGGCGUUAAAUUAAAGUUCACACGAAUACAGAUUCAAUGAGGUUGAAUUAUUCACUUGCAAGUGAAUAAUUGAUCAUCAAUGUUUCUUACCUUAUUUUGACAAAAUUGGACCAUACUGGCUUCUAAAAGCGAAUUAUUAUUCCACUAUUUCAUUUUCAUUAAUGUUUGAACAAAAAAAAUCAUAUUUUAUAUUUUUUAUGUAUCUCGUAGCUAGUGCCCCUUUAACUUUAUAACAAUUUAAAUGUAGGCAAAAUUUUCAAAAGUUCUUAUCUACUGUUAUGAUUGAAAAACAGAUCUUGUGUCUUGCUUUAAGGAUGUUCGCUCCACUUGUUUUUGAAUUUAGGCAGAUAUUCGGAAUCCUUCGAUUUUAUCAAUGCAGUUCUAUUAGAAAUUUUGGCCACUAUUUCCUACUUUUCUUUUCAUAAUUUUAUUACAAAUAGUUAUAUUUGAAAUUCUUAUAAAAUCCUUUGUUUUUUUAUUCGUUGCUUUUGAAAGAAAAAAGUGGAAAUGUUAAAAUAUGAAAAAUCUAGAGAGAAUAAUUUCCCGCCAAAUUUUCAAUGGCUUAUAUCUCAAAUACAAGCUCACUGACCCUUCAUUUUUUCUGCUUUUCAAUAGUUACUUAAAAAGCUUGUUAAUUGGAAGCAGAGUAGCGGACAUCCUUAAAAGAUCUGACAACACUUAGUUCUACCCUCUGUUCCAAUUAUAGCAUCAGCCAAUGAGUUUUUUACUUUCAAAAUUUUGCGUCUGUCCACCAAAAGAAACCCAAAAGACUACAAUGACCUUAAAGGCAGACCUUUUUUUAUGGUUAAUCCAAACUUUUUUUUACCGGUUCAGCUACAUAUUUUGUUUAGUUUUGGGCCCCCUUUUCCUCUUUUCAAAAUCCCAGAUCCGCGUCCGAGUUGCUCACAUCCCCAAUGGAUAAAUGUCAAGUUGGUUAUCAUACCACAUCUCAUUAUUUUUGUAAUGAAUCGAUUUACCAAUUAUAUCAAUAUCUGAAACAUUCCGUCAACCUAAUCAAAAUUUACAUUUAUAUUCAUAUAGAUUAUAUAUAUUUACCCUAGAACUUAUAUAUUACAUUUGACUUUCCUUUUUUAAUGAUCAGCUGUUUAUUACAAACAACAUUGUUUAUUGUUAUUGUUAAUUGUAUAAAUGGUUUAUCAUGUUUAUUUAGAUGUCUAUGUGCUAACAUAUAUAUUUUUUAUAUAUAACUUAUCUGCAAAUUGUUUGUGUUUAUAUAUAUAUAUAUUUACAAAGAGAUAUAUCAUAAUUCUGAUCUUGUUACAUUCAAUAAUAGUGUUAUCAAUUUACAACUCCAUCAGCACAAGAUGAUAAAUUUGUUUUACAUAAUUAUCAAUUUUUAUUCACUUAUUCAAGUUUAAGGGCAGAUACUUAAUAUCAUGUGUUACUCACAUGCAUGCUCAAAUUACUCUAUGCAAAGGAUACUAGUUUUGUCAAUUUGUAAUUUAUUUUAAAUAACCUUUAUUGUGCCUAUUGUCCCUAGCACCUCAACUUUUUACAUGUUGUUUUUUUCCUGUACCAAGUCAUUUAGUUUAAGCAGAGAAAACAGUUUUAAAUUUUUUUAUGACACCAUUAAAAUUUAAACAAAUAGUUUUAUUGUUAUAGAGGGUUGCUAGUAUGAUUGAGGUGUACCUCACCAGAUUAAGGAACGACAAGAUUAGAAAUUAAAAAAGGAAUAUUUAAAUUAAUCCUAGGGAAGUGUUUUAUGACCUUGACUACCGAUGAUGGUCUUGAAAGGUCAGGAUUUGAAUUAAUUAUCUAUAAUCAAAAUUAUUACUACUUAACUUAAGGGCAUAUGAUACAGUAGAGAUCCCUCGUUUAUUUUUUCUUGAAAUUUUAGUAGAAGGUCAUUUUCGAUGUGUACUUUUGAAAUAUGCAAAGUAAAAUAUACCUUCAUGACUUACUUUUUGAGAUAAUUUGGUUCGAAAUUUGCAUAUUUGAAGGAAAAAUCCUGAAAUUUCAUAAAUAAGGACUUUUAAGGAAGGUACCAAUACUUUUGAACGAACAGUCAUAAUUUAACCAGGUUUUUUGUAAAAUGUUUCCUUGAUCCAUGGCAUCAGCAUGCUGUAACAAGUUAACGGUUUAAAUAAAUAAUUAUGUCCUUAAUUCUUUUAAUACAAGUGAAAUAAAGUAGUUGAAAGUAUUUUUGCAUCUAUACAGAAGUGCUGAAAAAAUUCUAUUGUUGAUUUUUUCUUAAAAUUUUGGCGGAGCGUUCUUGAAACAGAAUUUGAUCGAUUGCAAAAGAAAAAACUGGGGGUCCAUGUGCUUGUUUUUUCAAUAAAAGCAAUAAACCUUAAUUUGUAUUGGCAAACGGGACAUUUCCAAUAAGGCGCCAAACUAUGUUGAAUAAGUUUUAUUAGCAACAACGUCGUGAAAUCUUUUCUGCCGUUCACUACUACCUUGUCAAUUUCAGUCGUAGAGCCAAGGUGUUUUUUUUUUGGUGGAAGAAGACUUCAAGUCUUCUGAAAGCCUUUACUGCCGGCUGUAAAAUCAUUGAACCGUCACCAGUACGUAUGCCGUAUCCCUUUCUGUGCUUUACAAUUUCAUAACAACUUCCGUGCCAUAUCUUGACACCGAUGUUUACACAUGAUCUAAGCAUCUGCAUCAUUUAAUUUAUUAGUUAGGCUUGAAAAACGAUCACUAUCGUUAGUGUUAUAAUUUCUCAUGUUUUAAUGUAUUAAUAUCAACCCUUUUAUUUAUGUAAAUUAUUAGAUUUCAUCUCAUCUUACAUGAACGUUAUUUGUUUACUAGUAACCGGAUGUCUUUAAAGUAGAGUUUGUAGUACGCAUGCGUGAAUUUAGUAUCGGGUCGGUUCGCCCUGAUUACAUGUUCGACCUUGGUCCGUUCGCCCUGAGUUCGUCCCCAUAGAGUACGUUCACCCUGAGUUACUUCUCCUUACUUUUAUCGUGGAAGUAUUAUAUUGACUGCUUUUAUCAAGGACGUUUAAAAAAUAAUAAUAUUAUGGGUAUUAAAGUUUAAUAAACCUAUUUAGAUAUUUAUAUGGUAUAAAUUCUCGAAAUUCAUGAACACACAUGAAAAAAAAUUAAUUAAAAGUUGGUAGCUUGUUUUGAAGCAUUAAUAGGCCCUGAUAAUAAUUUUCACUGAUUGUUGUAAUAAUUGUCUUUGGUAGAUUAAUAAUUGGAAUUAUCGGAAUAAAACAACUGGAUUAUUCGGGUUAAUUUAAACCACAUUGGUUACGUAUCUGCGCAUGUGCACAAAUGGGAAAUUUAAUUGUGCAUCUGAAAGUUUCAAAAUAAUGAUAAAAAGAAUUGUCAUAUAUUUAUACAAUCCAUCUUGAGUUGAGGCCAAGUAUAUACGUGAAGAGUACGACUUCAAAUCAAUGAUGCUUGAAAAAAUACACGGAUUUAAUUGUUCCGUCUGCGUUCAGAUCUUUAAUGCAAUCAAUUAAGUCAUAUUCCAGUUUUAGACAACAUGUGUUUUUUAAAAACGAAAGUUAGAAUAUCUAAGUAUGUUAUUGCGAUAAUAAAGAGUCAAGCGCACACGUGAAUCUGCUGGUGUUUUACACAUCAAACGAUGCACCGUCUGUUGACAGAAAUAUCAAUGUACAAACUAAUGUCUGUUGACGGAUUCCAUUUUGAAAGUACGGCGUAGUUUUCAUGUCGGUCAUAGUCGGAAUGUCCCCAAUGAUUGCCUUUAUUGCCUUAAUACGUUUGAAAGUUUUAGAAGUGGUAAAAAACGGGAUUUAACAACUGAAUAGUCCAGCUCUUUGCCGUUAUUCGUCAUUAAGGUACACACAAAAAUGACACAUUAUCGAGGCUCGAGUACGGAACCAGUAAUUCGUUGCAGUCAAAGUUUUAUUUUCAUGAAAAAUUUAUAAUUGCUUGGCGAAAUUGCUUGCAUCAAGUUGACCAUGCUGAGACGAAUGUAUGGAAUUUAGGUAUAGAAAAUUAAAUUUGAAUCAACAGUAUUUGCAGAUCUUUAUGUUAAGUAUAGUGAGUUUUGGUUGAGUUAUGAGUAUUAUUAUUUUUGGAAGAAAAAAAUACGUAGAAAGCAAUAAUGGGACAAAGCAGGCUGGGUUGGUGUGGGCUGCUUUUAUGGUAAUUCAAGUUACUUUUUAUGCAUCUUCUUCCACCUCAGAGCAAUGAGCUCUUUGAUUUAAACCAAUGGUAUUAAUCAUGAAAAUUAAUAAAGCUGGCUCCUCGUAAAAUAGCAUCAUAUUUGCCAAACCUUUAUAACUGAGUCAUUUUAAACGACAAUUCUUCUUCAUACACUUAUAUAUUCCACGGGUUAAAUUCUAAAAAUGCUGUUAAACUCUUUGAUGUACCUUUUCAAAGUCAGGAACAGUAAGAUGCGCUGUCAUUAUUUAUUACGUUUUUUUGUCAUUUGGUUGAUAGUCUCUGUUAAAUUUAUCCGUGCAAUUCUCAUUACGAUUUAGAGUUAGCCAAAUGGUGAAGUUACUAUAUAAAUAACUUAUGUUUUUUUUUAUGUGUAGUUGGGUUUCUCUCUCAUCGACUUCUUAUGUUUUUCAUAUCUCUUAUUCAUUUCCUAUAUGAAAUAACAGACAUGCAAAAUUAAGAAUGUGGAUUCGAUUUUUUUCCCAUUCGAGGUUAAUAUUGUUGACUUCCUUAUUAAUGAAUAAAUAUAACAAUUCUCGUAAUUUGGCCGAUUUUCAUUGCAGGUACUUUUUUUCAAAUUCGUGCAAUCGGGAUUAUGACGUCAGUGGAUUUCCACAAAUGCGACUACAUCUAAAGCAACUUCGCAAAAUGUAAUCGUUCUUAUUAGAAACAUCGCGAAAUUACAACGUUCUGAUUAACAACGUCGCGAAAACAACACGAAAAGUUUUGAACACGUUAUUAUCUGCCCCUGCUACUGUAUCGUAUGCCCUUAACACCUUAUAUUUCUAUGAAAUAAGACUAAAUUAGAAAUUCCUUGGUAUUACUCAAGGCAUUAUUUUGUUAGAAUAAGGUUUUUGCCAAUAAUAAUAAUAAUAAGUUCCUGGGUAUUACUCAAGACAUUAUUUUGUUAAAAUAAGUUUUUUGCCAAUUAAAACAAUAAUUAUAAUAAAUUCUUUAUUUAAAGUGGGUAAACACAGUUAAUUACAGGGAAAAAAAAUGGCGCUUAGAAACAUACUUUUGGAUUUAUUUGUUUCUUGCAGGUAUCAUUUUGUAAAAUUGCAAAAACUCCUCCUUUACAGGCAUCAUUUUACAUUUAUGGGUGGAAACCAAGUGGAUAAUGCAUGUUUGAAGUGCAUAUAUGGUUUGCUCAUAUAGCCUAAGACAACACAAAAGUGACUUUUGCUUCAAAAAAAUCUCAUAAUACCUAUGAUGCUUUGAUUGUUUCAUUCAAGCAUUAAAUGCCCUUUUUUAGAUCAUGUAAAAUACAGAAGUUCUUAAAGGAGUAUCCUGAAAUCCAUUAAACAUGCACAACAUUCCUGAUCAUUUAUCAAGUAGCAGGUUUUUUUUUCUGUUAAGGACAUACUUGUGUGAUAUUUAGAUAAAGUUGAAAAGGUCCCAUAGAUUACAUUUUCUGUCUCAAGCAAGAAAUACUUUCCCAAUCAGCUUAAAGUGCUUCUUGUUAUAGUAUUAUAAGGUUACUAUUUUUGCCUUUAACUGACUUUUCUUGGUAAAGAUUUUUCCAUUUGCUUUCAGUAUACUUAUACUCGUAUGAAAUUUUCAUUUACUUCAUGGUACUUAGUUUCAAGUCCUCGUAAAAACUCCAAUUUCAUGGGAACCUACUGCAACCAAAAUUAUCUUAUUUGAUAAAUUAUAUGAUAGCAUAAUCAUUUUUGUUAUAAAUAAGAGUUUUUCUCUACAAAUAAUUAGUUAUUUUAAUUGGAUUUAAUUCUUUAAAAUAUUCAUAAUUAUCACAUUAAAAGAAUUUCUUAAAUCAAAAUUUAUUUAAUUUGAAAUGUUUAUUUAGAUGAAUUUAUAGUGUCUGGCUGAUGUCUUGUUUGCACUUACUAACUUUUCAUUGAUUGUUUAUAUUUAAUGAAUGAAAUUAUUUACCGAAUUUUUUUUUAUCAUACUUCUUUCAGUUGCAUUAAUUUUUGUACGAGUCUUUUUGUUGAAAAAGUUUAUAGACACAUAAAGAUUUUACAUUUUAAUUGUUUAUCAUGAGCUAUUAAUUUACUUAUGCAAUUAGUAUUUACAUGAUUAUAUAUUCACUAAAUCGUAUAUUUUUGUAAAUCAGUAAUAAAAUUUGUUUACAAA